AUGACAGCACUCUUCAACUUCCAGUCCCUCCUCCUCGUCAUCCUCCUCACCAUUUGCACGUCGACGUACGCACACUCCCUCUCGCCUGGCGUGAUAGACCGCAACAAGGACAACUACUUUGUCUCGCCGUUUUGGAAGGCGGCACGCGUGGGAGAGAGGCUGAGUCCGUACGUGAGCAUCGCUUGCGUGAUCAUGGCUGCACUUGAGUUCAUGGCUUGA